AUGAAAAAGUCGUUCGACUCCUCCUUUCCUUCCGAAACAAUAACAAUUUCUUCAACAAUUUCCUCUCCAUCCAAUUCAAAAACAAUCCAUUCAGCCAACCGUAACAACAACAAGAAUGAAAAAACUUCAUUCUCUUCUUCCGACGAAAUUUCGGAACAAACAGAAUCACAAUCUUACCAUCUUCCAACUACCACCACCACACAAUCUUAUCAUCGUCCUCCUCCUCGAAGAAAAACCUUUGAAAAAGCCAAAGCCAUCCUUAGCUCUCAAAUGAAAAUUCCAAAAGCCUUUGCCACUCACAAGAAGACUCUUUUAGAGGCAUCGGGAUCCUCAUCAUCAAUAUUGACUUCGGUCCAUCAUCAAUCAUUAAUGAAAAUUGGUAGAAUGUACAACAAUGAAAAUGAAUUCAAAAACUAUGAUUCCAAAGGUUUCAAAGAUUCCUCUCAAGUAUUGCAAGAAGGUUCAAAACGAGGACGUGGAGUCAAAUCCAUUGAAGAAAUUGAGUUGGAACAAGGAGACUCGGAUACUUCGUUUUAUACUUCCGAUGAAGAGGAAAGUCCAUCUGAAUACGAAGAGGAACGAUCGUUGAAGCCACUUUCGAAAAGCAGAAGGAUGAAGAAGUGA